UCCAAAAUAGCUCCACGUUCACCGCAAAAACUUAUUUAAUUCCCUAGGCUAAAGGCUCAACUUCCUCUCAGGCAUCUCGCCAAUACUCCGGCGCCCGUCGGCUCGCGCGAUGGCGCACCCGCUGCGCUCGCUCCGUGUCCACGCAGCUCGUCCUCGCGCCAGUGUCCGACGCGUGUUUUUAGCCGCGAGGAUCCUGAGCCUGAGCACGAAAGCCGCGCGAGCGCACAGGAUGGAGUACCAGGAUGCCGUGCGCGCGCUCAAUUCGCUGCAGACCAACGCGAGCGCGCUUGAGCACACGUGUGAGGGGCGGAGCCAGCCGCAGGUCCAGCUGCAGGCCAUGCGGGACUUCCUGCGGCGAUCCGGACUCACGGUGGAGGACCUUGACAGCCUCAACAUCAUUCACGUGGCAGGAACAAAGGGAAAGGGUUCCACGUGUGCUUUUACUGAGAGGAUCCUCAGGAAUUAUGGGUUCCGCACUGGAUUUUACAGUUCCCCCCAUCUCGUACAAGUGAGGGAGCGGGUUCGAAUUGACGGGCAGCCAAUCGGCAAGGAGCUCUUCACCAAAUAUUUCUGGAGUGUUUACGGCCAACUGGACGAGUCCAAGGAUGCCUAUGGUGGCAGCAUGCCUUCCUACUUCCGCUUCCUCACCCUGCUGGCCUUCCAUGUCUUCCUUCAAGAGAAGGUUGAUGUGGCGGUGAUUGAAGUUGGGAUCGGCGGUGCUUAUGACUGCACAAAUAUAAUCAGGAAGCCGUGGGUUUGUGGAAUCUCAUCUCUGGGCAUCGACCACACUAGUAUCCUAGGAGAUACCAUUGAGAAAAUAGCCUGGCAGAAAGCUGGCAUUCUUAAGCCUGGAGUCCCAGCCUUCACAGUGGCGCAGCCCCCCGGGCCCAUGGUGGUACUGCGGGAAAGAGCUCGGGAAAUCGGGUGUCCCCUCCUCGUGUGUCCCGAGCUGGACGAGUACGAGUCUCCAGGGCCGCCGCUGCGUCUGGGCCUGGCCGGACACCACCAGCGCUCCAACGCCACCCUUGCCCUCCAGCUGUGUCGUAACUGGCUGCAGCGCCGCGGCAUUCUGGUCCGAGAUAACCAGUGGCCUUUGCCCUCAGCUGAUAGUGCUGUGGUCUCCAUGGCAACCGUGUUCCAUCCCAGCGCCAAGAUGAUGAAAGGGCUGGCGGAGACGGAAUGGCCCGGACGUAGCCACACCAUCAGGCACGGCCCGCUCACCUACUUCCUGGACGGAGCUCACACCACGGGCAGCGUGUUGGCCUGCGUGCGCUGGUUCCGCAAGGAGGCUGCCACAUUGGAGAGGACAGUGGGGGGUCCAGUGGUGCGGGUGCUGCUGUUUAAUGCCACGGGGGAGCGCGACUCUGGCGCGCUGCUGAAGCUGCUGUGGCCGUGCCACUUUGACUUUGCUGUGUUCUGCCCCAACCUCACAGAAAGUGUCGCUUCAUGCAGCAUCGAUCAGCAGAACUUCAAUGUGACCUUGGAGAACAUGCUGACCCGCUGUUUGGACAGCCAGAGCAGCUGGCGGACCCUGAGUGGUCGUGGCGGACGGCUGGCCGACGACCAGCUGGUCUUCCAGAACCAGCUUCCCCUGGUGGCGGAGCAGAGGACUGACUCCCUGGUGUUCCCCUGCAUCCUGAGCGCCCUCCAGUGGAUCAGCCAAGGAAGAGACCCGGUCCUGGGUGUGCCGGAUCAGCGAGUGGCCGCGGUGCAGCCUGGGGUGGCAGCCAGGGCCCAGGCACUACAGGAGGCGGCCAGCAUCCAGGUUCUCAUUACUGGCAGCCUGUACUUAGUGGGCGGGGCAUUGACACAUUUGGUACCGUCCUUGGCUUCUUAGCAGGACACUCACCCUGAUGUCCCUCUCAUAGGAGCUAUACCCUGGUACUAUUUACACUGAAACAUGACCUUUUCAGAUUACUGUCUCCACUUGAUGAUCAAUAAAAACAUCA